GGGGGGUGGUGCACAAGUGUCCUUUUCAGGCCGGAGGCGGGGCUUAGGCUCGAAGUAAUCCCCUCUUAAGACACACCCCAGGACAACUGUGAGCCUCUCCGGCAAGCUCCGAGUAUCUCUCGGUAGAAUCAUCUCUAGGAUAAGCCGCACAUGCCAAAUCUGUUAUCCCCAGCACUUGGGACAUUCCAGCCACUGACACAGACCCUACACCCUUGCCCCUGGCACUCGCACUGAUGCGCUUCUGCAAUGCGGCAAGGAACUCCGGUAAUUCCAACCACUGACACAGACCCUACACCAUCUGGAGAAGGUUUUACAACACUCCUUUGCUCGGCGGCAGAUCAAAAAGUGGAAACGCUUCACGGUUAUGCGUGUCAUCCUUGCGCAGGGGCCAUGCUAAUCUUCUCUGUAUCGAUUCCAAUUUGUCAUAUGUGCUGCCUGAGCAAGCACACUGAACCUCCGGCGCUGCCUACCUUUUGUACCCCUUGUUGUCCCAAUGACUCCUCUACAGUGGUGCAGGCCUAGCCUAGGGUGGGGUGGCCUGGGAUGGCCUAGGUUUGCCUAGGGGCUAGCCUAGGAACCAAAACUCUUAAAUGUCCACAGGGCUAGGGGUGAAGAUUUUCCCUUGUAGACAUCAAUGUCUUUGCAAUUUCUGUAAACUUGCAGCUAAUUCGGUCAGCAUGUUUAACUAAAAAAAAAAGGAUAAGUCCUAAACUGCUCUGACACACGGAGGGGGGCGGUGCACAAGUGUCCUUUUCAGGCCGGAGGCGGGGCUUAGGCUCGAAGUAAUCCCCUCUUAAGACACACCCCAGGACAACUGUGAGCCUCUCCGGCAAGCUCCGAGUAUCUCUCGGUAGAAUCAUCUCUAGGAUAAGCCGCACAUGCCAAAUCUGUUAUCCCCAGCACUUGGGACAUUCCAGCCACUGACACAGACCCUACACCCUUGCCCCUGGCACUCGCACUGAUGCGCUUCUGCAAUGCGGCAAGGAACUCCGGUAAUUCCAACCACUGACACAGACCCUACACCAUCUGGAGAAGGUUUUACAACACUCCUUUGCUCGGCGGCAGAUCAAAAAGUGGAAACGCUUCACGGUUAUGCGUGUCAUCCUUGCGCAGGGGCCAUGCUAAUCUUCUCUGUAUCGAUUCCAAUUUGUCAUAUGUGCUGCCUGAGCAAGCACACUGAACCUCCGGCGCUGCCUACCUUUUGUACCCCUUGUUGUCCCAAUGACUCCUCUACAGUGGUGCAGGCCUAGCCUAGGGUGGGGUGGCCUGGGAUGGCCUAGGUUUGCCUAGGGGCUAGCCUAGGAACCAAAACUCUUAAAUGUCCACAGGGCUAGGGGUGAAGAUUUUCCCUUGUAGACAUCAAUGUCUUUGCAAUUUCUGUAAACUUGCAGCUAAUUCGGUCAGCAUGUUUAACUAAAAAAAAAAGGAUAAGUCCUAAACUGCUCUGACACACGGAGGGGGGCGGUGCACAAGUGUCCUUUUCAGGCCGGAGGCGGGGCUUAGGCUCGAAGUAAUCCCCUCUUAAGACACACCCCAGGACAACUGUGAGCCUCUCCGGCAAGCUCCGAGUAUCUCUCGGUAGAAUCAUCUCUAGGAUAAGCCGCACAUGCCAAAUCUGUUAUCCCCAGCACUUGGGACAUUCCAGCCACUGACACAGACCCUACACCCUUGCCCCUGGCACUCGCACUGAUGCGCUUCUGCAAUGCGGCAAGGAACUCCGGUAAUUCCAACCACUGACACAGACCCUACACCAUCUGGAGAAGGUUUUACAACACUCCUUUGCUCGGCGGCAGAUCAAAAAGUGGAAACGCUUCACGGUUAUGCGUGUCAUCCUUGCGCCUCGCUGAUCUCAAUCUUCUCUGUGAAUUUGACACAUUUGGAACAAGCCCUGACACAGUUGGCGAGAGCCAAUCGGAUCGGUGACACAAUUGGCCGGAGCCAGUCAGACUAUCCAAGCUUUUGCCGUCCAAUCAGGUCGGUGACACAAUUGGCCGGAGCCAAUCGGGAGCCUCGUAGGGCGGGUCAAAGCCAAAGCGAACAUCCUCCGUCUUGGAUUCUCGCCGUCAGACUGACAGCGGCGCUACUACAUACUACUUUCAAAACUAUAACUAUGGAACAUCCAACUUUUAGGAGGGCCCCCAACGGGACCCUUCUGCUGAAGUCCUCGGCAGAGGCCCAAGCCUUUGGCCCUCGGCAGGCAGCCGGGGGCCAAGCCCCAUUCAGGGCAAAGAAACCGGAGGAGGUGGAUGCUGAGGCCUGGGCCCACGUCGCCUCUGAGGGUGGCGACACCGCCAACGCCACCCUCGUCCUGAGCCGGUGGAAGUUCCAGUUUGGUCGGUACCUGGGCAAGACCUUCCACUGGCUCCUGGAGAAUGACGUGGGCUAUGCCGUCAAUCUGGUCGCCUCCCACCAGAAGGAGCGAGAGAAGUCGGGGUCUCAGUCCCCGUUAAUGGCCAACAAGGACGCCCUCAUCCGCUACUCCUCAGCGUACCCUGACUUUGUGGAGGCAGUCAGGUUCCACCGUGCGUUUGAGGAGGCGCAGGUGAAGUCCCUCCAGCCCGGUCAGGAGGGACAGGCCCUUGUUGGCUUCGGGGACUUCAAAUUUGAGACCCUGCAGAGCCUGUACGAGUCUGAGGACCGCAAAAAGAUCCGAUUUGUCAACUACCUCCGGAGGAAGGCGCCAGCUCCAGGCACGCAGAUGGAGAACGCCGUCCGGUAUGUCCGGAGCAGAGACAGACAGAGAGCAAGCGCUGCUUCUGCUGCAUCCACCACCACAGCUGCUGCAUCCACCACCACAGCCGCCGCUGCCGCCGCCGCCGCCGCCAGCAGCAGCAGCAGCAGCAGCAGCAGCAGCAGCAGCAGCAGCAGCAGCAGCAGCAGCAGCGUCUCUGUCUCGGCUGCAAGCCAGAGAGCCAGGAGUGCAUCACAGCCUCUUGGUUCAGCGCUUGCGGCCUUCGUCUCCGGGCGGCGUUCUCUGUCUGCGGUGGAAAUGCAGGCACACGUAAAGAAGAUGGUGGCCCCUAAGCCUGCAUUUCCAGGCAAGUCCAGCUUAAAUGAAAUACUGAGUAAAACUUCAUUUCCUGUGUUCACUCUAUAUUUCUGUUAUCUCUAAUU